UGAUACUUUCCCUUCCCCAAAGAAUCUAUGGAAGUCUCGCGAAGAUACGGCAAGCAAUCAUCGCGAGAAAGGUUUGAGUGUCGAGCGCGCCGUUCGACCCGCCGGAGGCAAGCCUAUAUUGAGCACUAAUUAGAGUUAAAGGAAUUAUAACAUGGCUACAGGAGACCUGAAAGGAAAUCUACGUAAAAUAGAGCAAGGUCUUCGGCAUUUAAAUUAUCCCAAAGAUGUGGAUUAUACAGGUUUGGCAAAGGGUGAUCCAUCUGUGUUUUUGCAUAUCAUCAGUUAUUGUUUUACAUCUUUCUCAACACGUAUAACUGAACUAUUGGUGGAAUCUGGUGUGGAACUAACAGCAAAGAAUGAUUUCCGUUUUAUUGAAGCUGUUUAUAAGCUUCUCCGUGAUCAAUUUCAGUAUAAGCCAAUCUUGUCGAAACAGCAAUUCCUCCAGUAUGGCUUUGCAGAGAGAAAAAUACAAAUUGUUUGUGACAUUAUUAGUUUGGUCUAUAAAAGACAUAAAGAACUGAGUAAUGUGUAUAAGGUGAAAUCCCAAGCAAAAAAGAGAGCUUCUUCUAUUAAACCACAGCAAUAUGUAGACUUUUCUAAUCAGCUCGAAGUUACCACUAUCUAUGCUAUGGAUUUUCAGCAGGGUGUUUCAUUUACAAAGGAACCUGAAGAACGUUCUAGGAAUCUAAUUAGCACAUGGAUUUCUGAAGAUGGCUUCAGGAAAGUAUUGGAGGAAGGCAAAACAGAAGCUGUCAGUAUGGGUGAUAGCUUGGAUCAUGUAGCUGAUAGGUCGGACAGUCUAUAUGAACAGAAUGCCCCACUUACAAGGAAUCCUGAAAUCGAAUGUUCUAGCAGUCUAACUUGUACUUAUACACCUGGAGCUACUGUCAGAGAAGUUUUGGAGGAAGAAGGAAUCAAAGCCGUCGGUGUGGCUCAUAGUUUGGACAGUGGUGCUGAUAGGUUGGGUAAAGAAUGCAAACAGAAUAUGAAGGAUAACAAUGACAUAGAAAAACUAAAGAGCCAAAUUGCUGAACUGGAGGAAAAGCUUAAUAAACUAAAGUGGGUGGAAGACAAGCUUCAGGCUUUAGAAGAGAAACUGCAAGGAAGGAUUACUGUCGAUGAGAAAGACUGGAAUAAUCUAUUGAGCCGAGUCCUGCUUCUUGAAACUCAACUGUUACUUCAUUCCAAAAAGGUUGAUUUAUCUAUAGACUUAAAUAACAUGGAUGAAGAAAAUAUCUCCACCAGUAAUGUGACUUCGGUUUCUCCAGAUAAAGAAAAGGAGGAGCUGCCAGAGAGCCUUCACCAGUCAUCUGGAUACAGUUCACAAUUAUCUGCCGAACCAUCUCCCAAAGCCACAGCCAUUAAUAACCACGGUCUGUCAGAAGCUUCAGAAGAUGCAACAAUACAACGAAUGGAAAGAAUAAGCAAAAUGAUUGAAGAAACCUCGGAGCUGUUGAAGACCUCAAGUAACACCUCUUAAGAGUAUUCUGCUUUACGCAGCCAGCUAUCUGAAAGCAAUUACAUGGGUCUGUAAAUUUUUUGAGCUGUUUGAUUCCUUUUGUGAUCUUUUUUGUGCCUGAAAUUAUUUAAGAUUUUCUUUUAAUGAAAAUAAAUAUUUUGUAAUAUUU